GUAAUGCUGGGGGUGGGAACCUUAAAAAAGGUUCCCAUAUAAAUUUCGGUCAAAAGGCCAAAAUCCGUAACCACUAACCACUAACCACCACCCAAAAACCACAAUUUCCGAUCCGAUCAAAUUUCCGUACAAUGUCGCUGAUUCCCAACCCAUUCGGCCGCCGAUCUGGCGCAUUCGGCCGCCGAUCUGGCGCGUUCGACCCGUUCUCUCUUGACGCGUGGGACCACCACCCACUGGACCCCUGGCCCUUCCGCUCCGUCUCGUCGCAGUCCGAAACGGCGUCGUUCGCCCACGCGCACAUCGACUGGAAGGAGACGCCGACGGCGUACGUGUUCAAGGCCGACGUGCCGGGCCUGCGCAAGGACGAGGUCAAGGUGGAGGUGGAGGACGGCAAGAUCCUCCAGAUCAGCGGAGAGCGGAAGCGCGAUGUGGAGGAGAAGACCGACACGUGGCACCGGGUGGAACGCAGCAGCGGCAGUUUCACGAGGCGGUUCCGGCUGCCGGAGAAUGCGAGAGUCGAGCAGGUCCAGGCGGCGAUGGAGAACGGCGUCCUCACUGUCACGGUGCCUAAGGAGAAGGCCAAGAAGGUCGAUGUCAGGUCAAUUGAGAUUUCUGGUUAAUCAGGCUUAUCUCUAAUUAAGUGUGUUCCAAGUGUGAUUAUGGUAAAUAAAAAUGUAUUAUGCAGCUCAACUGCUUGGUGUUCUGUGAUUAGUAUUAUGAACCUGCAGUGUAGGCAAUCCUAAUGUAAGGGGGCUCUUAUUAGCAUUAUGAACUUGAUGCAGGUGUUCAUUCGCCUAUAAUCUUAACGAGUUCAUGUAGCUUAGGUUGCUUGUGAAAGGUGCCGAAGCGACUCUUCUGGGCUUUCAGGGUUGUGGCAUGUCGAAACAAGAAUGAUGUAAUUGCCACUUUUAAACCAACGAAUUGCUUAUUUUCCAUCUUCAGCUUUUAUGUUCAGCCUUAUGAAUUGUAGGUGCUGAUCAGUUUGGUAGCUUAGCCUUGUGCUUGUGAAGAUGCCUUCGGGGCUUUCCAUGGCUUUGUUUGAAUGGUUUCACGCAUGGGUCGUUCCAGUCCAAAGUUAUUUUCCAAGUCAUGUCAAGUUCGGCCGUUAAGCUUGUUAUUCUGGGCUUUCAUAGCGUUUCAUGUUCGCAUAGGAUGAGGAAUUGGCACUAUGAAACUUACUAUUGAAGAUCCACAAAACAUUAUGAAAGUUUUUCUCUUAAUACCGUUAUUAGAUCAACAUACAUGACAGCCCAUCACUCAUCAAACCUUACAGAAAAGACAUAUUACACACUAGGAAAUUACAACAUACAAAACAUACCACACAAGCUUAUUUGACAUUACAAAGAACAAAAUUAAAGAUGUGAUGG